AGUGUAUUACUGCUCUCUAGUUGAAGAAACUGUACUGAGCUGUGCUGCCGAAACACCUGUCCAAGUGGUCAGCUGGGGUCUCCGUUACAGUAAGACUUGUCUUUUUUAAGCUGAGUGGCAGUGUUGGCUGUGCUCUCUCAGAGGACCUAUUCUAGGAGCAACUGUGCUCCAGGAAGCUGCUGGGCCUUAUCAGCACCUGGGAGGAUGCUGAGAGCAGAUAAAGUUUAAACAGCUUGCUGGGAGUUCUGUGGCACUGCUGAUAACCUGGCUCAGUUUAUCACCUAGGCUCAGGUUGGUCACGUGGAAUCUCUCUUGGUAAGCAGUGUGUGCAACCAUGAAGGGGUAAGUGACAUACAUACUUAUUUUAAGAUUGCCAAGAGCAAAAUCUAUCUGAUUUCUUUAGUUUGAACAUGCAGCUGGAGCGGAGGGAAGUCAGGCAGUGCAGCAGACAAAGGAAACCUGCUAAAAAAAAAAAUUAGGCUUUUCCUCUUUUUAAUUCUGUAUGAACCACAGAAUUAUUUGGGUUGGAAGACGCUUAAAAGAUGAUCUAGUUCCAAUCCCCUUCCAUGGGCAGGAACACCUUCCACUAGACCAGGUUACUCAAAGCUACAUCCAACCUGGUCUUAAACACUUUCAGGGAUGGAACAUCCACAGCUCUGAGCAUGCUGUGCCAGUGCCUCACCACCUUCACAGUAAGUAUUGUACUUCCCAACUGUAGAGAAACUGGAGCUAUGGAUGGCAUGGCUAGAUAGUCUCCUUGCAUGGGGAGCAGAAGAGAUUAGCUCCUGCACCUACGGAGUUUAGAGUGUGUCUGAAGCCUUAGUAAACUUUGCUUGACCACAAAAGUCACUGCAUUUAAAGUUUUGGGUUUUUUUUGGAUCUUCUUUUCAAAAGAAAAUUAUCACAUUAUUUGCAGAUAUGUUAAAAUAUUAUUUCAUUUAAUUUAAAACAAACAAAUGCAAAAGUACUCCCUCCCCCAUAAAGAACCUCCAAACCGUAAAAGUAAAAAUUCUGUCUUUUUUCUACUGUUUAUUAUGAAAAAGACUUCUGAUAACACAGCUCCAACCAGCAGAGAGGUCACAUUGCUGAUCAAAGGGAGUCCUUCAUUUAAUGCAUUUAAUAAUUAUGAAGUCCUCUGCCAGCAUCUCUUUGGUAAAAAUGCAUUUUCCUAAAAAGCCCUGUCAAAUUUAGCAUCCUUAUAAGAGCCUUGGAACACCAAUGCUUGUCUUGUGUUCUGUUGACCUUCCAUCAACCCUAAAAUAGCUGUUCCUAUCCCACUGAACUUUCUAAGUACAGAAAGACAUUUCGUAACAGCUACAUUUGAAGAAAAUAAACUAUAUUUAAGGCUAUUAGUCAGUAUCACAGAUAGUUCCUGCCCUCCCCCGUCCCCCUGGGAUUGUUUGCCCUUUUUAAAUGGAGUAUGUUUGGAUAGAGUAUGUGUGUCUUUUGUGCCUGUUUUGGAGGGACCUCCCACAGAUGCUAUUUAACAUAUGCUCUGUUAAUUAAAGGAGAGGUCAGUGUAUUUUAUCUGUUCAUCGAGGUAGAGCUGUCAAAGUGGAUUUAGAUUUGGAUUUAAAGACCAUUUAAAAUUUAUAGAUUUGGUGGAUGCAUGCCUGCAGGUGAGUCUGAAAGCAACCACACUUACCACCAACUUCAUUUUUCCAUUUAAAAAAUAAAAUUUGAUUGUCCAUUAUUUAAAAUAGACUUCAUAUAAUGCUUUUGGUUUUAUUUAGGGUUUACAUUUAUUUGUGGAGACUCAGUGUUCAGUCUGCAUGUUCUCCCAAAAAUUGCAAAAUCUUGAAAUUUGCCACAAAAAAAUCGUACAACACAAAUGUGGUUUUGAAAAAAGCAAUCCAGUUCCUUCUAUCCUCUGUCACUUUUUUUAUUGGGUAAUUCAAUAUGGAUGUUUUUCUUUCCACCUUAAACCCAUAAAGUAGUCAGCUGUUUGUGGUGUGUAUGUCUAUGUGUAUAUAUGCAUGCGUAUAUAUUUAUUGUUGAAUUUUGAAUGUCUAAGAAAUCAACCUUGGUUUCAAAAUGAUUGGUUUUCAUUUAUACUCAAAUACUUUGUUUUGUCACAUUCCCCAAGGUUGCCCCAAACAAAGGUCUGAAGUCAUCUCUGAGUUAGCAACAUUAUCAAUUCUACCCAGUUUAUUUCCAUUCCUGAUUGCUUACUUUUUCUCAUGAGAAAUUCUUUUCAGGAUAGCAUGCUUAACUUGUGGAAGGAAAUGGAAGUUCCAUUCCUGCAAAAUAUGAAGGUUCCCUGCCUUGCUAUUCUUGUUUCAUACUCACUGCAACCUAUUAUAGAUGCAUGCAUGGAUAUUUCUGUUUUCUUUCCUGGCAGGUUUCCACUAAAAAAAUGAAGGCAUUACUUUUGGUACAUCCUGUGGACUAAAAGUCCCCUGGCAUCAGUGAAGUAAAGCAGGAAGGUACACGGUGUCCCAGCCCUAGAUGAAGUUGUGAUAAUUAGUUAUUGAAGCUUCAAAGGUUGAUUGAUUUGUUGUUGAGUUUUUGGGGUUUGGGUUUUUUGGUUUUUUUUUUUUUUUUUUUUUGGUCUUUUUUCUUUCCAUUAUUUUUCUUGGCUUAGUUUUCUUUCUCCUUUCCUCAUCUGUGUUUAAUGACUGGUGAAUGACCUGGUGUAAGGCACCUUAAAGGAAGUUUCUGCUAAGUGUUGAGCCUCACUGCUUCCUGCUCCACUUUAAGUCCCUCAGUGUCAUACAUCUCUUAGUGCCUUUGAGUGCUCAGUCUCCUUUUCUGCAAGUUGAACAUCUUUCCUAGACCUACAGUGGCUUUUACUUCAUUUGCCCAUGUAGCCAUUCAGGGUGCAGUGCAGCCAGAUGGGAAGGGGGUGUUGGGGUUUCAUUGGGACUCUCUGCUCACCUUAAUGUGUGGUGAGGGAAAGGAAAGGGAGAACCAUCAUAAUUCAUUAAAAUGGAAAAUAGCAUGAGUUUUUUGUUUGCCAAAGCCCAGUGAAAAAUGGGUUUCUACUGGAUAAGGGCAAGUUCUACUGGGAGCAUAGAAACCUCACUGUUCCUCCUGGGGUUCUCUUUAACCCCAGUAUGUCAGGCAGGUUUCUGGAGAGUCUAUGGUCAUAAAUGGGGUCCCCUCUUGAAAAUGCCAACCCCUGGUGUGUGGUGGGCUGUACUGUAUCAAAGGGCUAUGCACCUUUGAGGUGUCCCAGUGGCAUUUGCGGGGAUACUGUGCACGGAGGUGACAAGCUGACCCAGCAGCCUCCCACUGCUCCAGUGUGUGCACAUCUCCACAGCCUGGUAAAAGAGGUCUCCACAUGCUGGAUGGUGCCAGGUGGCAUACCCAGUGGAACUGGAGAGCAGCCUUGUGUGUGCCAGUGGCCAGCUGCAGCCUGCUUUAGCUUUUGCUGUGACCUUUCUGUUGAGGGCUGGCUGCUGGCCUUCUCUGGAAAACAAUGUUACUUAUUUUGGUUUUGAAUCUCCAGUAAAUCUGUUGCUGUCUUUUGCACUGUACUGGGACAUGUGGGGUUUUCCAGUUGGUUGUGCCUGUACUGUCACAGAAGCUUUUGAUUAAUGCAUCACCUGCAUGCCAAAUAUCUACCUCUUGAAGAUGAUAUACUGAGAAAUAAAGAUGCAAAAUCAGUUUGGGAUGUAGGAUGGCCCAGGGUGAUUUGGUUGGAGUGAAUUUAUGUCUAAUCCUCUUGGUGUCAAUUCUGUGUUCAGUCUUCACCCCAUAAGGAAAUUAAGAGUCUUGGCACUCAUCAGUGCCAAGAAAUAAAUAACUGACCAAGAUUCUCUCCUCAGACCUGUCCCAAGUGAAAUUUUGUGCGUGACUUUUUUGUUUGUUUGUUUCAUUUGCAUAUGUGACUAGAACCAGUCCCUGCUAGUGGUAUGGCUGAACAGCAGGAAGCCUUACACAAAUUGCAUGGAAUAGGUUCAUAAGGGACACAAGGGUGACAUGAAGUUUUGACAUAGUUCUACUUCUUGAAAAUAUGCAGUGUAUGCUGUCAGUGACUGAGAAGGAAUAACUAUGCUAAACAAAACCUUUCAAGCUGUUCUUCUCAGCUUUGAGUUGCUCUGGCAAAUUCUGCAACAGGGUCUAAACAAGUUGGGAACAAUCACCUGGAAAAGAAAUCUCUGGGAAGCUUUUGAGGUGGUUUAGGAAUGGUACUCCUCAAUUCAGUGCUCUCAUCCCCAAACCACACACUGCUGUCUCUCACUCCCCCAUUUUUCCUUUUGUUUUGGCCAAAAUUAGGUAUUUUAAACAACAUUCUUUUAAUGUCUUUUUGAUGGAUCAGAACAAAUGGAAGAAAGCACUCUUCAUGUAUUUAAAGAAAAACAGGUGCGUUUCCACUACAUUUUGGAAGAGCACCCGGAAAAUACCUCUUCUGAGCGCUGGACUGCUAUGAUUUAGCCCAAGGAACCUGCUUCACAUUGCUGCUCAACACUACUGCACUAGCUCUGUGCAAAGGAGGUGGCACCCAUGGGUGGUGGAGGGUACCAAGAAUCUCCGAACCCUCUUUCACAAGCUUGUGGAAACAUGAUUGCUUCUGCAGCCUACAGGAGGAGCAGGAAACCACUUCUGAAUUAGAGCCAGGAAUCACUUGUAAAAUACUUCUUUGGUCACCUCAUGAAGGGCUUGCAGUACCUCAGGUUUCCUGGGUGUGCACCCCAACCUCUCCUUGUUACAAAGCUGCUGGUGAGGAGGAUCAGGCACUGCUCUCCGAAAGCACAUUGAUUCGAAUUCAAACAGCAGUGAAAAUACACCCGCAGGCGGCUUGAAGUCCUGCCCUUCUGCACGGAAACCCAGAUCCCGCCUGCUUUCCGACGUCUUCCACGGCUGCUCAGCAGAUGACAUAACGUUAGUCGUGACUUACUGACACAGAUACAAACAUAGGAAUUAUCAGAGCAUAUACAGAAGCCUAAAAUCUAACACGCAAGGCGCAAGCCGCGGGCGACGGAGAAGGAGGGCUGGAGGCCGCUCUGCCAGCAUCCUGGGUCGGCUUCGGAGGGGGCAAACCUGGCUCCGCAUCCCCCGCGGCUGGGCCGCCGAGCGCUGCCUGCGGUGACGGAGAGCCCCCAGUGGAGUGAAGAGGCUGCGUCGGGCUCGGGCACGGUUCGGGGCUUGGGAGAGGCGGCCGGGGGCUCGGGCUGCCAGCAGCCCGGCGGGAUCCGUGGGAUCGACCUGCCCGUAGCUCGUCGGGGAGCUGGACGGGGCAGGCAUUUUGCCGAAAGGGCUGCCGUCCUUUCCCGCGGAGCGCUGGCAGGCAGCGCCCGGCCCUUUCCGGGAUGCUCCCGGUUUCAUGCCCUCGAGUAGGGACGGGGGAGCUGCAGAGCCUCGGGCUUAGUCCUUCUAUUUUCCCCCAUAAAGAACUCGAAUAUUUUUUUUUCCACCUCCUUGGUCGGCCUCGAGGAAGAAGAAGAAAAAGAAGAAACGUCCUUCGAGACUCCAUUCCUACCUUAAAAAAAAAAAAAAAAAGCAGCAGCCGUACAGUUCAUUCGCCUCCUUCUCGAGUCCCUCGGAAAGCAAGAUUAAAGGGGAAAGUCGCAGCUGUAUAUUUAUGUUUUCAUUGCUAGAAGGGAAUUGAUUUCCUUGCAUUUAUUUUUGUAGUUGCAAUACACAAGGGCGGAUUUGCGUCACCAAAGCAACUUGCUGGUCGAGAUAAAGUUGCACAAAUAUUGAAAAGGGAAGUGCUCGCACUCAUUAUGAAGUUUUUCUCCGGAAGAAAUAAGGAUUUCUGCUGUAUCCUAAAAUACUAAAGCCGCUUCUAUUUUGGGACAAAUCUCGCAGGCACAUCCGCUCAUUUAGUCCGAGUUGGAACCUCUCAAAAAACAGGAGAUGACCUGGACUGCAGCGAGCCCCGGGUUUCCUGCAGCCUUCUCCCUCUUUGCGCGGGGAGGAGGGGCUGCUCCCUUCCGCGGCAGCGCCGCCGCGCAGCCCUGCGCGUCCCCUGGCAGGCAGGGAGGCCGGCGGAGGCCUCUGGGGAGAAAGGACACCCUUGUCCCCAGGAAGAUGGAGAGGCCGGGGGUGAGGCAUGUGCUCCUGGUUUCGGCAAAGAAGGAUGCGCGGGUGCGCAGCACAGCCGAGCCCCGGGAAAGCACCUGCCCCCGCGGCCAGGACUCCCCGGUUCCCUCGCCCUCCUGAGGCGCAGCCCGGGGGUGAAGGGCUUUAGUGCGAAGCGUUCAGCGUUUCCUUAUUGGUUAUUUUAGUGCUCGAGGGAUGACAGCUGAUUCCCGGCCCCUGGCGGCACCGAGGCCCGGGCGGCACCGAGGCCCCGGCCGCACCGAGGCAGCGGAGCAGCGGCCGUGCCCGUGUCGGGUCUGCCCGGCGUGCUCGCAAACGGGCCCGUCCCCCUGGUGCUGCUCAUCCCAUGGGCCUUGCACGGCAGCGAGGCGAGAGGAGUUUUUAAAUCAGUUCCUAAAAGAAAAAAAAAACAAAAAAACAAAAAACCACAAACAAACAAACAAACACCCUCACAAAACAAACAAAUAAACACCCCCAACAAACAAACAAACAAAAGCCUCGGUUUUUUGGGUUUUUGGGGUUUUUUGGUUUUUUUUAUUUGGGUUUUUUUAUUUGCCUUGACUGCCUGGUGAGCAGCCACCGGCUGGUCCAACGCUCCUUGGUAGCAGUGGUAAUUGCAGCAAUAAUUUAACGAGGCGGUUUUCGCGGGGAUGCUGCACCCAUGGCACACUUCGUUGCCUGUCCCUCGGGCGGGCUGAGGGGGUGGCUCUGCCCGGCGGUGGGAACAUGAGUGGAACCGGAGUCGUUCGUUUCGGUUUGAGAGCAAGAGGAUAGUCCUGAGAUCAGCUGUCGUGAGGGAGAAUGGGGGAGAGACGCAGGGAAAAGGGGCUCUCCGAUGUCGAGAAAGGAAAAGUAGAGACAUAAUCAACAUUUUCUUUCGCCGCCUUCGUGAUUCGGACACAUCUUGGCAAGGCAGCCCAUCUUCAUUUUUCGGUUUUGUCUCGUUAACAAGAGCCAAAACAAAGCAAGGAGGUGCCUGGCUUUUCACGGGGAGCGAAACUCACCUUCACCCGUUAUAGCACACAGUUAUGGCUAAGGAACAUGUUCACUCUCGCUCGCAGGUGGUUUCAAUAUUCCCACAGAAGCUAUAUCCUCAUACCUGGCGAAAGAAAAAUAGUUCACCUUUCUGGCUGUUCCCCCAAAACCGUCAGAAUUUGGGAAACGCUUUGGAAAAAAUAAUAUGAUAUUUCUGAAACAAAAUCAAAGCAAAAUUACAAUCGUCUGACCCAGCAGGCUGCUCACAAGGACAGUGACUUCUUUACUUAUACGAAAACUAAAAAUAAAGAAAUAGUUGAUUUUCAGAGUCAGGUCAGGACAAAUGUGAUGUUAGAGAGGAGGAAAAAAAAUGCGCCAAAGAUGCUUUCAUAGAUUUGUCCCUAAAUCGUUGCAGUGAAUAAAGCACAUGAUUCUGGUGUACUGGAAAAAAUGGGGAUAGUUCUGUCGUCAAAGGUUUGAGAAAUUAUUAAGUAAUUUUUAAGGUGCAAUUGGUGUGCAAGCAGAUGCAGCCACCGGGAUGGAGAACCUGACAAAAAUCUAUCCUAAAAUUACACUGCCGUCAAAAUAAUACUAGGUAAUUAAUCGCUGCUAAUGCAGGAUCCAAGGUGUCCUGGGCCCAGAAUAUCUGGGAGCUCUCAUAAAUACAUAUAUUGCAUGCAUCAGCAUGGACUCCUUCUCUUCCAGACUAUCCCAGGCUCAUUUAUCUAGGAAGGAAACACAUUUCCUUGAGAAUCGGUUUCAAGAGAACAGACCUGCUUCCAAUAGGCAAGAAUUUCCCCUCGCGUUUAUUUCAAACGUUUGGAAAUCGCGGCUGCAGAAAGCCCGGCAACCUUACGCUGCAGUUUUUAGGGGGAAGGGGAAAAGUGGUUUUUCAAAGUCGAGAGCUCAAUUUAAGGGGGUAUAGGUGUGUGUUGGGGUGUACUUUGUGGGGCAAACCCCUCCGAAUCGCGGGUCCGGGGCCACGCAGCGCGCGCUGUGGGCGCGGUGGUCGAACCCAGCCCCGGCCCUGCGUGGGCGUGUCGGCGGGCGGUGCUGCCCGGCCCCGCGGAUCGCGGAUUGGGCGUGGGAAGGGAGCGAGGGCUGCUCGCUGCCAGAGAAAGUUUUGGGGAGGGGUGGAUGUUUUUUUCUUCCCCCAGCGCGAGCAAAGGGGGUUUGGUUUGGGUUUGUUUUGUUUGCGCCGCUCCGCUCCUCGCCCGCUCGCUUUCUUCGUCUGGCCGUGGGUUCUGGGGACUUCUUUUUAAUUUUCGGGCUAAUUUUUUCUUUUUCUUUUCGUCAUUUUUUGGUGGUUGGCUCUCCCUCCUUGCCCCUCCGAGAAGUGCUCCACCAGCCGCCUCUAGCCCCGCCAUCCCUCCCCAUGAACGCGGGGCCGCGGGCAGCUCCGCGGCGCGCACCCGGGAGCUGAGCUGGGAAGCGGCGCGUCCCCUCCUCGGGCAGGAUGUACACGGCCGGGCUGGCUCCUUUCUACGCCUCCAACUUCAGCUUGUGGUCAGCGGCGUAUUGCUCUGCAUCGGGGCCGGCGGCCGGCGGCUGCUUCCCUCUGGACGCCGCGGCAGCAAAGAAGCCGUCCUUCUGCAUCGCCGACAUCCUCCACGCCGGCGGCGAGGCGGCGGCCGGAGCCGCCGACAGCCUGCCCGGAGGGCCUGGCACCGGGAUGCCGACCGCGCUGGGAGCCGUGCACCACGGUAGUCCCUUCCACGCCUCGGCCUCGCCGCUGCGGCCCACGCCCGUCGUGGCCCCCGACGCCCCAGCCGCCGCGGCCGCGUUCCCGCCUCGCCUCUCUCCGCUCUCCACCGCCUACCACUCCCACCACCACCGCCCCCCGCAGCACCGGUCCCCCGCGGCGGCGGCGGCGGGCGGCGGAGGCGCCCCGGCCCCCGCCCGGCUGCCCGGCGGCCACACGCACGGCUCGGCCCCUGCGCCCGCCAGCAAGGACCUGAAAUUCGGCAUCGACCGCAUUUUAUCGGCGGAGUUUGACCCCAAAGUCAAGGAAGGCAACACGCUGAGAGAUCUGACCUCCUUAUUAACUACGAGCCGCCAAAAUGGGGUUCAUCUCCCCAACUUGCAGCCUUCCGCCGGCCAGUUCUUCGCGUCUCUAGACCCUAUUAAUGAGGCCUCUGCUAUCCUGGGUCCCUUAAACACAAACCCAAGGAGCUCAGUGCAGCACCAGUUUCAAGACACUUUUCCAGGUCCGUACGCAGUUCUAACCAAGGACACGCUGCCCCAGACGUACAAGAGGAAACGCUCCUGGUCCAGGGCUGUCUUUUCUAAUCUGCAGAGGAAAGGUUUAGAAAAACGGUUCGAAAUUCAGAAGUAUGUCACCAAACCGGACAGGAAGCAACUGGCGGCGAUGCUGGGGCUGACAGAUGCUCAAGUGAAGGUGUGGUUCCAGAACCGGCGGAUGAAGUGGCGGCACUCCAAGGAAGCUCAGGCCCAGAAGGACAAGGAGCAGCCGCCGGAGCCGGAGCCGGCGGCCCAGCGAGCCGGCGCACCGCCCGCUGCCCCCGGGGAGCCCGAGAGCAGCCCCAGCCGCUCCGACGGCGACAGCGACAGCAGCGACGCUGAGUCCCUCGAUAUGGCCCCCAGCGACACGGAACGGACUGAGGGCGCCGAGCGGAGCCUGCCAGCCGCCGGGCUGGGCAAAUCGUCCGGCAGCCCCGGCCUGCCUUCCCCGCCUCCUGCCGCCGCCAGCCCCGAGCCGCGGAGCGGUCUAUAGUCGGGGCGGCCCGGGACCUGUGCGCUAAUUUAUCUCCCUUCCCCCGCCCUGGGAGCGCGUCAGAGCCGGCCCAGAACCUGCCCCGGCCCCGGCCCCGGCCCCGGCCCCGGCCCCAGACCCAGAC